AUGGAGCAACAUUUCAAUUUAAUUGCAAAACCUUUACAGUUUCAACAUAUACUCGUCUCUACCUACACAAUCGCGAAAGGACUUCGUCCUUUGAAUCUUCUGUUGUUCAUGGUUUCAUUUCGAGCCCCAUUUUCGUAUUUUAUAUUCCUCGAUGCUUUAGACACACAAGCAAGCAUCAAGUUGAAAAUAAAUCCAUCGGAAUUCUAUUUGCGUGCUUGCAGUCAUAUUCACUUUAAUCAUAAAACCGCGACAAUAAAUUAUUGUGUUUUUGAAGCAGACAAGCUAUUUGACUCGCUCUAUCUAUCGUUAGUAUUUCUUUUUCGUUUGCAAUUGGAUAAUGAUCCUCAGCCAAAGUGCGUUGGUGUAUGUUUCGAAACUCCACCCCCUUAUCUUCACAACAUGAAACAGCAGUAUUUCGAAGAUUAA